UCGUACAUAUCGCCAAUGAAAGUAUAUGCACAGUGAAUAUACACAAAAUACUGACAAUAAAAAAAUAAUCACAAUUAAUAUAAAUCCUAUUAUUAACCAAGCCUUUGAUCAUAGUUUAUUAAAGUAAAUAAUAUAAACAACAUCAAAAUGAAUCUUGAAAAAACGUUCAAUAAAGCAACAAUCUAUUUACAGUCACUGGCAUCGGAAUUAAAUUCCACAGAACUCUUAAAAUUCUAUGCUUUAUAUAAGCAGGCUACAAUUGGACCAUGUAAUAUUUCAAAACCCAAUUGGUAUCAAAUGCAAGCAAGACAGAAAUGGGACGCAUGGAAAAGUCUUAAUGAUAUGAGUUGUGAUGAUGCUAUGAAUAAUUAUGUACUUGAACUAUCUAAACUUAAUCCAAACUGGGAACAAGAUGCGCAAUCUGAAUCUAAUAACUGGGUUGCUAUUAGUCGAUUAAUAAAUAUGGAAGAUGAAAUAAGUGAUACGGACAAAACUUUUUUGGAUUGGGUGAAAGAAGGACAUGAUGAAAAAGUACAAGAACUACUAAACAAAGAACCAAAACAUGCAAAUUUAACAGAUUCAGAAGGUCUGUUACCUAUACAUUGGGCUGCAGAUCGAGGUCAUUUGAGAAUUAUAGAACAGUUAAUUAAAAAAGGAGCAAAUGUAGAUUCACAAGAUGAAGAUGGGCAAACACCAUUGCAUUAUGCAGCUUCAUGUGGGCAUCUUGAUGUUGUAAAGUAUUUACUGUCUAUUGGAGCUGAAUCCAUAAAAGAUAAUAAUGGUAUGACACCCAAAGACAUUGCUGAUGAACAUUUAAAACAUAUAUUGUGAUUAAAUAUUAAUAUAUGUAAUCAUCAUGUAAUAACUAAAUUUAACGAUGAAUAUAAAUAAAUUGAAUUAAUGAUUUUCUCAUAGUA